AUGGUUGAUACGCAUAAACUAGCAGACGACGUUCUUCAGCUAUUGGAUAACCGUAUCGAAGACAAUUAUAGGGCUUGUGUUGUCCUAGUCGGUUCUCCAGGUUCUGGUAAGUCUACCGUUGCAGAAGAACUUUGUCAAAUUAUAAAUGAAAGAUAUCACACCUUUUUGUCGGAGCAUCCGAAUAUUAUUGAAGUCAAUGAUGGGCAGAAACCUAUAGUUGACUUGGUAGGUUCUCUAAAAUCUCUCCAGCCAAAUGAAGUAGCUGAAAUGAUUGAAAAUCAGGGGCUGUUUAAAAAUCAUGUUGAGGAUGUCAAUUUCCAACCCGUCAAGUACUCAGACCUUACGUCAAAUAACAGAGAAUGUACCACAGUAGUUUCCAGAGGUGGUAUUGCAAAUGCCAUCAGAAUUGCAGCGGCUAACAAUCCUGCCAAUGCUGACCAAUUGGGUCAGAAUAGUAUCAAUAUAGCGCAAAUUGUUCCAAUGGAUGGAUUUCAUUUAUCUCGCAGAUGUCUAGACUUAUUUAAAGACCCGAAAACUGCUCAUAAAAGAAGAGGUUCGCCAUCAACGUUCGACAGUAAUAAUUUCUUGCAACUGUGUAAAAUUCUAGCCAAGACGUCCCUGUGUAAGGUCUCCUCACAUGGUAAGUCUUACCUCACGUCAAGCGUUUUUGAAAAGUUAUCCAAAACUUUUAGCCAAGCGGUUCCUGAUAUCUUUAUUCCCGGGUUUGAUCAUGCUCUAAAGGACCCAACUCAAGACCAGUACUGUAUUUCCAAAUUUACAAGGAUUGUUAUACUCGAAGGUUUAUAUCUACUAUAUGACCAAGAAAACUGGAAGGAAAUAUACCAAACAUUAGCUGAUACGGGGGCUCUUCUUGUUUAUAAGAUUGACAUAGACUAUGAGGUCACCGAAGAAAGGGUGGCCAAAAGGCAUCUGCAAUCAGGCUUGGUGACGACUAUUUCAGAAGGACGAGAAAAGUUUCGCAGCAAUGAUUUGUUAAAUGGCAAGGAUAUAGACAAGCAUUUGAUUAAGGUUGAUAAUAUUGUUCAUAUUCGAAACGAUUAG